UUUUGCCUUGCGUGCUGUGCUAUGAGAAGUAUUUUAUUAUUAAUUGGACACAAACAAAACACUUUAUUAGCCCAUAUACUAUAUGAAGAAAUCUAGAAAGAUCAAAGCCAUAAAUUAUCGGUUAGGCUUUGUGAUUUUUAACUAAUCACAUUUAAUAUUUUACAGUUUUGUAUUUAAAAUAUAUCAUGAAAAAUUUAAAUGUUCUUUUCAUGAUGCCUGUUUUCACUAAUACUCUCAUGGCCCAUUUUCACAUUUGAAGAUCAAUACUUCCAUUUAUUUUCAUGUAUGAAUAUUGUAGUAUGUGUAUUUAUUUAAUAUUAGAUAUUCUCUCUCGCUCUCUGCCCUAUUUCCCACUUCUAUCCUGAAUUGGCACGAGCAAAAGCGUUCCCUGAUCCUAUCAGUACAAUCAGCAAUUGAUGAACAUAACCUGUAUGUACUCUGGUGAAGAGCUUCUGUGCUAUACAAAGCACCAUGGAGGAGAGAGUUUGCGCUUUGAAAGACAGAAUAAUGAAACAUCCUAUGCUGAAAAAGGAAAACUUGAAUCCUAAAGCAUGGAUUAAUUCAGAGCAUGUUAAAGAUUUCACGGAUAUCCUCCUCCAGAAAGAGCCAGAGGCAGACGCAGAUUUCGACAAUGUGGAGAUGUUGCUAGAGACUGAAAAAGAAUACAUCGAAGCAGCAAAAAGGAACGAUGUGGAAACCAUGAAGCUUUUAGGACGGGCUGUGAAUGUUAAUGCUAAAAACGUGCACCAUCGAACUCCACUUCACUAUGCUGUAGCCUGCAAAAACAAAGAAGCAGUUGAUCUCCUUCUUAGAAGAAGAGCAAAGCUAGACUUACAGGACAAGUAUGGAGUCACUGCUAUUCACCUCGCUGCAUGGUUUGGCAGUUUGGAAAUCCUGAAGCUACUUGUACAGGGUGGUGCUGAUCAGAGGGUUGUGAACAUGGAAGGGAUGAACAUUAUGCACUGCGCUGCUGUAAACGAUCACACCGACAUCAUAGCGUACAUUGUUGACGACCUUCAGAUGAGAGAACUCGACAAAGAAGACCACCAUGGAAACAGGCCAUUUGCUGUGGCAGCAGAACAUGGCUGUGUGCGGAUGUUGCAGAUGCUGAUGGAGGAGCCUUACAAAAUGGCCACCAUGGAGGAAAAUCAGAAAGGAGACACACCUUUGCAUCUUGCUGCUAAGAAUGGCCAUCUCGGUGCUGUGCAGCUACUGCUUGAUUACUUUGAGGUCCGCAAUGAAGUCAAUCAUGCUGGGGAAACACCACUGUAUUUAGCUGCUGAUGGAGCUCAUGAGGACUGUGUUUUGGCUCUACUAGAAGCUGAUUGUGACCCAAACAUUCCCACUACGAACAGGAUAAGCCCUCUCCAUUCUGUAUGUGAAAAGGGCUACAUGCCAGUGGUGAAGCUCCUUGUUGAUCAUGGUGCUCAGAUGAAUAUUCAAAACCAACAUUUACAGACACCAUUUCACUUAGCAGUGAAGAACUGUCACACUACAGUGAUUGAAUCUCUGCUGGAAUCUCGCUGUGACACCGAUAUCACAGAUCACCUGGGCCAGACAGCACUCCAUAUAGCAGCAGAAUUGGGCAAGGUGGAUGUGAUUGAGAUUAUUCUGAAAGCUGGUGUGAAUUUGGCAAUUAAAGACAGGCAUGGUAAAACAGCCUUGGGAGUGGCAGCCAGAGCCGAUGUAGUGAUCAUUGUAGACAUGAUCAUCAAAGCUGAAAGAUACUUCAGUUGGAUAAAGUCCAAUGCAGAAACUAAUGAAGACCUUCAUGCUGAGUUUUCGCUAACAUUUAAACCGGACCACCGCGCUGAGACGAAACAGACACGCAAUAUGCUGUGGAAUUUGGCCUACAGGCUUCUCAGCAAGAACGAGUGGAAGAAGCUGGCAGACCAUUGGGCUUUUACUGAGGAGCAGAUUGCUGCCAUUGAGGAGCAGUGGACGGGUCCUAACAGUCACCAAGAGCAUGGAAACAGAAUGCUACUCAUUUGGCUCCAUGGACUGUUAGUUGCUCAGAGAUGCCCAGCCAAGGAGAUCUACCAGGGACUAAUUGCUAUUGGCAAUGUAAAAAUGGCAGAAAAGCUAAGGAUGGAGGGAGAAGACAACAGUAAACGGAAAUGUAAAAUUUCAUGAAGGCCUGAUAACUGAAUGCAAAAAAUACUUUUUCAUAUCAGUCUUGAGAAGCAACAUCAUCAAAUUUACUUCAUGCACCAUGACAUUCCAUUAAUAAACAUACCUGUUUCUUCAAUUGACAACUUGCAUUCAUUUUACAAACACAAAAACUUUACAGAAUUGUGCAGAUAUGUGGUUAACGCGG